AGUCACGAGCUGUAGGCCAUUCCUGUUCGGGCAACAAGCUCAAGUCGCAGAGACGAAACUCCUCGACUGAACCAGCAAGGGAGGAGACAGAGACAAACAUGCGUUCAGUUCAACCAGCCAGCCCCAUGUUUAGACUGUAGGGGGGGGGGAACAUGUCCAGCGUGUGAAACAGGCGCAGCCUUAACGCGUCUCAGUCGCCGCGUCGGCGCGGUGUCACAAUGUCGAAAACGAAGGCAACAGAGAGAAGGUCUUGAUGUCAGAAGCAAACGCGCCUUUCUCCUUCAAACAGACGAGUUUGCUGGCGGACUCCGCGUCCAGGAUUUUAAGUCCGCUUGCAUGCGAGUCGGCAGCAGGGGCCUCACAAUGCACUGGCGGCAAAACACUGUGCAAGCGAGCGAGGAGAGGAGACCUCUCGGAGUUCGGUGUGACCUUUCUCUCUAAUGGGGAAAAGGUUUUCCCUCUGUUCUAUGUUUCCUGGAUCUCCGUCUCUCCCCAGAUUUCCGCGUCGUCUUUGCUGCUCCUGUCCGACUCUUCGCUGUCAGGUUUCGCUCGACGACUCACGGAAAACAGACGCCGCGCAGAAGACCUCUUGCUGCUUUCUGUUUCUCUGGCCUCUUCUCCGAUGCUCCCUUUUUUUCCGUGUGGACUCGCGGGCGUUCCUGCCGUCGCCGCGCGUCGCUGCCUGUCUUCACGUCGGGCGACCAAGCGACGGCUUUCUGCGGGGCUGGUUUUUCCUUUUUAUGCCUUUCUUCGUCUUUCCUCCUCUUUCUCUCGCCUCUCUCUGUAG